AUGGGAGGAAAUUGUUCAAAUUGUAUUUAAUGUUAAAAAGAUAAAACGGAAUCAAAUAUUGAAGUAAAGGUAACUAAAAAGUCAGAUAGUUAAAGAGCAUAAUCUUAAUCACAAUAAUCAUGUCACAGUUUAAUAGAUGGUGUAAUAAAAUUGAAUUUAUAGAAAGAAUGAUGUAAAAUAGAUAAAUUGUGCUACAAAAGAAUAAAAUAAUAAAAAGUUUUCUGAAUUUUCUGUUAAUCAAGAGAUAGAAAGAAUGAAGGUUAAUUUUAAUGACAAGGCAAUAGUGAUACAAAAAAUUUGGAAAGGUCAUAAAGUUAGAUAAAGUUAUAAGGAAAUGAAGAAGAAAUUUUAUCAAUUUGAUAAGGGAAAUGAUAAAUAAGAAUAGUAAUAAAUUGAUUUAGCAAAAGUAGUUAACAAAGAUAAAAAGAAAUACUUUAAUUAAUUAGAAUUUGGAAGUAAUAUUAGUAUUUGUUAAAUUAUAAGCGAAUAAUGUGAGUAUUGGCUAAUAAAGAGAGAAACGACCCUUAUUUGUUUUUAAGAGCGGUGCUACGUAUGAGGGAGAAUGGUUAGGAAACAAGAGAGAUGGAAAAGGCGUCUAAAUUUGGAUUGAUAGAGCUAGGUAUGAUGGAGAAUGGAUUGAUAAUAAAGCAUGUGGAUAUGGUAGUUUCUAUCAUAUAGAUGGUGAUUCGUAUGUUGGAGAAUGGGCAGAUAACAGAGGAAAUGGUUAUGGAAUUUAUAAAUAAAGUAAUGGUACUGUGUAUUAAGGAUAUUGGAAAAAUGAUUAAUAACAUGGGAAAGGAGAAGAGAAAUGUAAAAUUAUAUUAAUAAGAUAGGGCCUGAUUUAUCUAUUUACAAAGGAGAUUAUUUUGAAGGUAAGAAAUAAGGUAAAGGAAAAUAUAUAUGGCCUGAUGGUAGUUAUUAUGAAGGAGACUGGUUUGAUCAUAAAAUGAAUGGAUAUGUAAUAAUAAUAAUAAUUAAUUUAUUAAUAGGGAGAAUGUAAUUGGUUUGAUGGCAGAAUAUACAAAGGGGAAUGGUUUAAUAAUAAAAUGCAUGGAAAAGGAAUAUAUUAAUGGCCAGAUGGUAGAUAGUAUGUAGGUUAAUGGCAUUAUGGUAAAUUACAUGGGAAAGGAAAAUACAUAUUAUCUGAUGGAUUAAUUAAAUUUGGAAUUUGGGAUUAAGGAAGAAGAUUAAGAUGGACUGAUGAAUGA